AGAGCCAACACUGGGAGCUGUUUGUAUGUAAGAGUGAGAACCAACAGUGCCUUUACUAGAACUGAGAGUUUGUUAAAAAUAUAUAAAAGUUGUUUUACAUAACACACACAUAACUUAAAAGUGAACUUUCAUUUUACAAGAGUUUGUAUUACUGGCAACAACUGGUUGUCUGUUUGUGUCCUUCACAGAGCUAUUCCUCGACAGUAUAGCCUCUUAACCCCAUUUCACCAUUUAAUUUGACUGUAUAUUGAAAUAAUGAUACGAAAUCUGUUAAUUGUAUGUAUUUUGUUGAUUGUGGUCAAGAGUGGACUGGCCAUCCACUGUUGGAACUGUAACUCAUACCUGGAUAAGGCCUGUGCCACUCUAGCCCGUGGACCUCAAGACAAAAACCAAUUAUCUAACGAUAUUCGCAACUUUUAUGUCGACUGCAAUACACUCAACGAUACAUUUCCGAGAAAAUACAGCUUUUGUCGAAAACAGGAACAAGAGAUCGAACAAGAAGUCAGAAUUGUCAGGUCCUGUGGUUUCGAGACAUCCGGAAGGGACUGCUAUAAGACGGCCAACCCAUCGGUCAAGACGUUUGUGUGUGAGUGUAAGGAAGAUGGAUGUAAUGCCUCUACAAUACUAUCCUUUAAUCCAAUCCUUAUUUUACUCACAAUUUUUUUAACUUUUUUUAUCACUACUUUUAAUUAUUUUUCCAAUUAAUUAGUAGAUAUAUAUAUA